AUUUUAGGCUACGGAGACAUGAAAACAACCAGGAGGUAUAUUUUGAGAUAUCGAGUAGCUGAUUAUCUAGGCUGUUGGGAGGAAACAGAAUGAAGCGAUGCGUUUCAAAAAUGUUUUAUUCUUAUAAAAAUACGCUGCAUCAACUGUUAUUAUAGGAGUAUUAUGGUGAGACCGGACAGAGUGGUAGGCUAUUACAUAGUCAAAUAUGCAUGUAUUAAAAUAAAAUAGCUAUUGCUGUAACAUACUCUCACCAAGACCCAUUUUAACAGUGUAAUCGUUUCUUGGGCAAUGCGGCUGUGAUAUAGCCUAAACCAGACCCUUCCAAAUCCCCCCUCCCAUCCUAUUUCUACAACUAGUCGACUCGUUGCUUCGACAAAGGCAGCACGUAAUCAGCGUGUGCGCAACAGCACACACCAAGCACAGAAAACAACCGACAGCAAAUCUGUUGCAACCAGUCAAGGCCCAGGGUUGCUUUCCAUCAGUACGACUGACAUAACCUGCCCCUGGCUUUCCCCAGAAAAGAAGGGUUUUAGUUGUUGUAUCGCAGAGACGCUGGUAUCGUGGAGGCAUGGCAGAUGCGGAGUUACAAACCUUUACCUCUAUCAUGGACGCGCUGGUUCGCAUUAGUUCCAACAUGAAGAGUAUGGAACAGGAGCUGCAUUGCCCGGUGUGUGAUGAGAUGGUGAAACAGCCCAUCCUCCUGCCAUGCCAGCACAGUGUGUGUCUGCUUUGUGCGGCUGAGGUGUUGGUACAAAGGGGUUAUCCUCCUCCAGACCUCCCUCCAGAGCCCAACUCCCCCGCAUCCACGCCCAACACUCGCUCCCCACGGCAGGCACGAAGACCCACACCCAGGACCCCUGAUCGCCUGGAACGUGUCCUCAGAACAGGUGGUCACAUUUUCUCCCCUAUAUCUCUAUCCAUGUUUCUUUCUCCUUCAUCUUCUCUCCUCUACACCUGCAUACUUCUCCCAGUGUGCGGGACAUACCCAGGGCGGAGGCGGAAGGAUGCGGCCCCUCCCCCCAUGUUCUUCCCAUGUCCUUCCUGUCAGCAGGACGUGGAGCUCGGAGACAAAGGCCUGACAGACUGCCUCCGCAACCUCACACUGGAGCGGAUUGUGGAGAGGUACAGGCACACAGUAAGUCUGGGCAGCGUAGCCAUCAUGUGUGGUUUCUGUAAGCCUCCUCAGUCUCUGGAGGCUACUAAGGGCUGUGCUGACUGCAAGUCCAACUUCUGCAACGAGUGUUUCAAACUCUACCACCCCUGGGGAACCCCUAGAGCUCAGCAUGAACACAUUUUACCUACCAACAACUUUCGGCCAAAGGUCCUAACGUGCACAGAGCACGAGCAGGAGAGACUGCAGUGGUACUGCCGUAACUGCCAGAGGUUACUGUGCCCACUUUGUAAGCUUCGUCGUGUCCACCAUGGACACAAAGUGUUGCCUAUAGCACAGGCAUACCAGGCCCUCAAGGACAAGGUUACCAAGGAAGUCAACUUCAUCCUGGCCAACCAGGAGACAAUACAGAGUCAGAUCACUCAACUGGAAGCUGCCAUCAAACAGAUGGAGGCAAAUAGCUCAGUGGCUCUGCAGCAGCUGACCCACUGUAUCCGAGAGCUGGGAGCGGCUGUAGCGGAGCGUCAGGGGGCUUUGGCUCUGGCCCUGGAGGGAUCCCGCAGUAGGAGGGAGGAGGCACUGUCUGCUCAGGUCUCCGAGAGGCGAGGCCUGCUGGAGCACGCGGGUCUGAUGGCCUACACACAGGAGCUGCUCAAGGAGACUGAUGCACCUUGCUUUGUACAGGCUGCCAGAGUCACUCACAGCAGGCUGGUGAAGGCCAUAGAGAACCUCCAGUGCUUCUCUCUCUCUGCCGAUCCGUCCUUUAGACAUUUUCACCUAGAUGCAUCCAAAGAGGUCAAGCUCAUCCAUGGCUUGGAGUUCAUACGUGCCCCACUAGCUCCAGUCAUUGACACUCAGAAGACACUUGCUUAUGACCAGCUGUUUUUGUGCUGGCGCCUCCCUCAGGACUCGGCUCCAGCUUGGCACUUCUCUGUUGAAUACCAGCGACGGGCAGGAGGAGCUGCAGCGACAUGGGGCGGCACCAGAUCCCCUAAUGCUGCAACGGCAUGGCAGCGUCUGGAUGAAGUGAGAGGGACCAGUGCUGUGGUUGAUCGACUGCAGAUGGACAGUGUGUAUGUGCUCAGGGUGAGAGGCUGCAACAAGGCCGGGUUUGGAGAGUACAGUGAAGAAGUUUACCUCCACACUCCACCAGCAUCUGUAUUGAGUUUCUCCUUGGACUCACGCUGGGGGUUGCAUGCUGACAGGCUGGCAUUGGGUAAGGGCCAAACCUACGCCCGCAGUGUGCCAGGCCUCUCCCUCCUGCAGGCCGCCGACCGCACACUCACUUCUUGCCAUUUGACUUCUGACCUGCUGGUGGCCGACUUGGCUGUCACUCAGGGCAGACACUACUGGGCAUGCUCGGUGGAGCCUGGUUCCUACCUGGUAAAGGUGGGAGUAGGGCAGGAGACUAAGCUACAAGAGUGGUUUCAUCUCCCUCAGGACAUGGCCAGCCCUCGCUGCGACCCAGACAGUGGCCACGACAGUGGGGCAGAGGACGGCCAGGACUCUCCUCCCUUCUGCUUCCUCACAAUGGGCAUGGGCAAGAUCCUGCUUCCUCAAGGACAUGGUCACAGUCAGAGCCAGGGGGACUGCCAGAGCCAGGGGGGAGUGCACUCCCACAGUAGCAGCCAUAGUAACCUGCCUCACCCUCAUACUACUCCUCUGCCACCCCGACUAGGAGUGUGUCUGGACUGUGACAAAGGACGUGUAACCUUCUAUGAUGCCCACUCGUUGCGGAUCCUGUGGGAGGGACACGUAGAUUGUUCAGCUCCAGUGUGUCCGGCCUUCUGCUUUAUUGGCGGAGGAGCCCUGCAGCUGCAGGACCUUGUGGCCAAUCGGAGCAUCGAGGAGCCGCCGCCACGGAGGGUAACUAUCCAAACGCGUGCAACAAAUCUCAGCAAAUAACUUGUGGUGAGACAGCAGUUUAUGAGCACAGUUCACUCAGUGUUUAAAGUUUUUCUCAUGUCUGUAGCGUUAAAGGUGGUUUAUAUUCACCACUUAAUGUGAGUUGAUAAUGAAUUGCCUUGAUCCUGUCAAACUUUGAUACUUGAUUGAACUGUCACUUCUAAAUGUGGUUACAUUCUUUCCUUUCAGUGUGAUUUUUGAGAUCGGACUAUAAAUAUUAAAUGUUCUUUUGCAUUUGCACUUGGCCAGAAAAUAUCAAAACUCUCUUUUGGCUUUAUUUAUUUAUCAUUUUUUCCUGCUUUCUUUCUCCUGGAUUUUGCAGUGCUCCUAUGGACAUUGUGGCUGAAGUGAUUUUAGACUAUGCAGAAUUCUAUUGACAGGGUGAGUUAAAAACCUUUAUAACAGGUUAAAAAUCUGUUUGCAAUGUAAGAAAAAUUAGCUCUCCUUUUACACUUGUCUUAAUUUGUCCAAGAAUGAUCGGACAACAAACGUUGCAUGCAAGUGUAACUAGGAUUAAUAACUUACAUAUAUGCAGAUAACUGACUGUCACCAUGUAAAAGUACCUCAUGUGUACUGUAUGUCUAAUUUUAUAUCUUGAUUUUUUUUAUGUAGCCUCAACAAGUGUUAACAAUGUGUAUAUAAUUCAGAAUUAGAGAAUGUGAAUAUUCUUCGGUUGUUGAAUUGUAAAGUUUGGCUGGCUCAUGUCAGGACUUGUGUGGCGUUUCGGCUGGGUAAACAUGCUCACAGUUGCCUCAGUGUUUUCAGAUUACAAGAGAAAAAAUAAAAAAGGUUCUGAGGAAUAAUGUUCUCAUUAUGCUGUUUAAAUUAAUAACGUGAAUACAUGUCAGUGCUUUACAUUUUGACAAAAGUUAAAAAUGUCAAUGGCCUACCUGUCCAGUAUUAAACUGUGGUGUUUGAGUGAUUUGCGCAUACAUAUUAAUGAUGAGAUGUGAUGUUAAAGGAAGUGGAUAGAUGACAAGGUAACCAGCUAAAGUAGACUAAUCAGAAGAGGUCUAUUUUAUGGACUGUGGUUUACUUUAAAUUUGAUUUUUUUUUUUUUAGCUUUUGUUGUUCCUACUGCAACUGACAGUAGCUCUUUUAUUUACUGACUAAGCUAAUUCGCAGUUAUCUUUGGGAAAUGUUAAGAGCCCAGUUAUGUAUCAUUUCAAUGCAAGAGAUUGUCUAUAUUGUAAUAUUUUCAAACCGACUGGCUCUGACUGUAUUUUGAUAUCUGGUGUGUAUGUGUGUGUAUGUGACUGGCUGUGACUUCCAUGCUUUCUGUUGUGUGUAUGUGUGUGUCCUGUCUUGAAUGACUUGUCUAGUCUCCUCUACUUGUGUUACAGCACAGCACUUGAAUGCCUUUAGACUGUAGCAUCCCAGAAAUCACAAUCUCUUAAUUUAGAUUUAGCCUUUCUGGCAGAAUGUUUCUAUCAUGUCAUGAGAACAACAAUAAAUGACUGAUAACUGUAACAUGGAGUCACUUUGUGUCAAAUAUUGACCACACUAUAUUAUCAGUAAAUGCUGUGAUGUCUUUUCUCUGCUUUCGAAAACAUAGAGGUAACUGUACAGGAGCAAUCCCCUCUUUCUCUUUAGUGUAUGUCUUCCUGUUUUGUAUUUCUGUCUUUUAAAGUUGAAUCACAGAGGACUCUGUUGUAAACCUCUUUUAUUUUCAUCAUCGCCUGUUAUUUUCCCACCCUUCAGCCAAAAUGAUAAACAUGUUUUUGGUCAAA